AUGGUGCGUUGCAUGGUGUUUGCUCUGUGCGUCGCAGUGACCUUACCGGUCGUGCCGAUGGUACGCGCCAUCUGUACGGCUUCGAUAUCGGCCGACAGUGUUCGUUCCUGUGCGUUCAACCCUCUGCUGCUGCUUGUCGAACGCUCCGGUUGGGUACUGUCCAGACAGAACUGCGGUGAAUCGGUUGGCGCGGAAGCAUUCGAGGUGCCACCGGUUGUAUACUUCGACUACACUGAACCAGAUCAUCUCUACACCGUGGUGUUGGUGGCCGAAACUAUGCAUCGCAAUCCUUCCGAUAAUGAUCCCACGGACAGAUCGUUCUAUUUGCAGUGGCUCAUCGUAAAUAUUCCCGAAUCAUCCCUUGCAAAUGGCAUGAAGUACAUGGAUGGCGACACAAUUGUGGAUUAUCUAUCGCCUAUGCCACGAUCUGCCGAUGAUGAUGGCGAUGUUGAUGGGCAACCGACACGCUACGGAUUGUAUCUGUACGAACAGGUUUACGGUACGAUUUAUCCACCGACACCGAGCACCAGGGAGUACUUCAAUUUGGAUGGUUGGAUCAGCACAAUCUAUCCCGAGGCAGCCCUCUGCGGUCCGGUUGCAUCGAUCGGGUUCGGAGUUUAGUAGGCAGCGUCAACGAUUCGUAGUGGCCCCUCGGCAGUCCGGAUAAAUUGUCCGUCCUAUCGAAUGCAAAUAUCUUUCUCCGACGAGGCUGGUUGUCUUUGGGGUCCUGUAGAGCAGUAAGAAUUGAGCGGAUUGUGAUCGGUUUCGCCGCAGCCAAAAGGUUUCGGUGGUUUUUAUUUACUACCACAGAAGAACGAAAUGGUAACACAAGAUAGCGAUUUCAACCUGAAGCAAAUAUAAUAUCUCGCU